AUGGCGGAGGUGAGCGGGUUGAGGAGCAGAAAUCACUUCGAGUCCAGCCGCAAAAGCCGAGUCGUUGACGAAGGCUUGAGUGGUGUGGAAGAUGUUCCCAUUUUUCGGCAUAAACAGAAGCCUCCUUUAGCCAAGUCCGAAGACCUGGAUGAUGAAUUUUUUCCCAGGAGCAUGGCCUCAAACUCGGGCAAAAAUACCAGCCUCACUCCCUCACCAGAUGAAGGGAUUCACGAAGACGAGGCUGUAAUAGAGGACGAAAAGGCCAGGCCCAUCCAGAUUGUCUUGGCCAAUGAGGAUGAGCACAGCUUUGAGUUGGAUGCUGCAGCACUGGAGAAAAUCCUGCUGCAAGAUCACGUGAAGGACCUAAAUGUGGUGGUCGUGUCUGUGGCAGGGGCCUUCCGCAAGGGCAAGUCCUUCCUGCUGGACUUCAUGCUGCGAUACAUGCACAAUCAGAGUGAGAAGUGGAUUGGGGGUGAUGAUGAGCCCCUGACAGGGUUCACCUGGAGAGGGGGCUGCGAGAGGGAGACCACAGGAAUUCAGAUCUGGAGCGAAGUGUUUGUGGUCGACAAGCCAGACGGCAGCAAGGUAGCCGUACUCCUUGUUGAUACUCAGGGAGCGUUUGACAGUCAGUCCACCAUAAAGGACUGUGCUACUGUAUUUGCCCUCAGCACAAUGACCAGCUCUGUACAGGUGUACAAUCUCUCCCAGAACAUACAGGAGGAUGACCUGCAACAUCUGCAGCUCUUCACAGAAUAUGGUCGGCUGGCAAUGGAAGAGAUCUACCUGAAACCUUUCCAGUCCUUGAUGUUCCUGAUUCGGGACUGGAGUUAUCCUUAUGAACAUUACUAUGGCCUGGAAGGAGGCAACACCUUCCUGGAGAAGAGACUACAGGUAAAACAGAAUCAACAUGAAGAGUUGCAAAAUGUCAGGAAGCACAUCCACUCCUGCUUCUCUAACAUCGGCUGCUUCCUGCUGCCACAUCCUGGCCUCAAGGUGGCCACCAACCCGUACUUUGACGGGAGGCUGAAAGACAUUGAUGGUGAUUUUAAGAGGGAGUUGGCUGAGCUGGUGCCUCUCCUCCUCGCCCCAGAACGACUGGUAGAGAAAGAGAUCGGAGGCAAUAAAGUCACCUGCAGAGAUCUCCUGGAGUACUUUAAGGCUUACAUAAAGAUCUACCAAGGUGAGGAGCUGCCUCACCCAAAGUCCAUGCUGCAGGCAACAGCAGAAGCCAACAACCUGACCGCUGUUGCAGGAGCCAAAGACAUGUACGGCAAGAACAUGGAGCUGAUCUGUGGCGGGGACAAGCCAUACAUCGCCCCAGCUGACCUGGAGCGUUGCCACGAGGAAUUUCGCGAGCACUCGGUGCGUUACUUUCGGUCCGUGAAGAAAAUGGGUGGCGAUGAGUUCUGCCAGCGCUACCAGAACCAACUGGAGUCUGAGCUGGACGAGGCCUUCACCAACUUCUCCAAACACAACGACGGCAAAAACAUCUUCUAUGCAGCACGCACACCAGCCACGCUGUUUGCAGUCAUGUUUGUCACCUAUGUGGUAUCUGGGGUGACGGGCUUCAUCGGUCUGAGCACCUUAGCGGUGCUGGCUAAUCUGGUCAUGGGCGUGGCGCUGCUGUCGCUCUGCGCCUGGGCGUAUGUGAAGUAUUCUGGAGAGUUCCGGGAGGUGGGAACGAUGAUAGAUCUGGUGGCCGAGACACUCUGGGAACAGGUUUUGAAGCCGCUAAGUGAACAUUAUAUGGAAGACAACGUCAGACAGACGGUGGUUAACUCUAUCAGAGCCAGCUUGACAGAACAGGGAUCGCAGCACACCAAGUUAAAGACUCACUGACACUCUUCCUCAUCCUCCUCAUCUCCCCCGUCAUGUUCAUCACCCCUCGCCCACUCGCUCAAUGUGUUCAGUCCUAGAACUGUGGAACUAGUUCAACACCAAAGCUGACCCUCUUUUCCUCCCCCUCCACAAACACCCAUCAUGACAUCACUGACCCGUUUUUACAUGAGCAGCAUGGACCUGUAGGCUCGCUGUCUGUCCUGCUCUUCAUCGCCCCCCAGUGCCUCAGAGCAGAAACUGCACGUUCAUGAGAGGACCGAGCAGAGAAGCCGGCAGCGCUGCCUCUUGCCAAAACAGGACCUGAAGGAAGGUCAUCGUCUCCUGUGUGCCACGCUGUGAUAGAUGCUGUAAUGCACACUGUAGGCUGACUGACACACACACACGCACACACACACACACACACACACACACACGUUUGCUGGUAGCGGACUGCAAUCGCUUCAGGAUUGUUUGCUGUAAUUCAGGGAAAACUGACACCGCUGUGGGCAGCUGUUAUCAACAAUGGAUGCAAACUGAAACUGACCUUUGUGUGCAUUUAAUCAUUUUGUCUUGCAGGCUGGACAGUUCAGAGCUCAGCUUACGUUUUCUUCAGCCUGUUAAAUAACAUUUCCUACAAGCACAAGUGACUAAUCAACUGAGAAAACUAAAAAUGAGGUGAUGGUUUUCUUUUUUUCCUUUCAGUUAAAUCAGGAAACGGAUUUAAUUUAUUCUACUGAAGUAAAGGUAAACAGUUCUUGUCAUGGACAAACUGGAGAGGCUAUUUUAACAGUCAAAUUUCCGGCCUGUCCUGUCCUGGCACGUUGAUCUGUCUCCUACAAAUCUGAAAUGAACAGAUGAGUGCAAGAAAUCAAAUCAAAGUCUAUUAUUUUUUCUUCUGACAUAUAAAUAGCUCACUUGCCUGCCUCCAUUCAUUCAGUUACUCGACAGUAAACUUUGCAGGUGUGUUAAGCAGGUAAAUUUGUAUAAUCAAACUGGGCUCAGGUUGCUUCUAGACAGAACAUCUGUACACAUCUGUCUUUCCCUUUAAUACUUUGCGAUUGUAAUACUGAAGAGAACUGUAGGAAGCCACGGGCCUCUCGGCUGAACUUUUUGGUCUGUUUUUAUUUUAGAACUGACGUGUUUUAUCUGACCUUUAGUGACUCAUAGCAGACCUGCCAGUGUUUGGCCCUCUGCAUGGUGUUAAGAGCUACUGUGUUGUAGCAUUAAGCUAGGUAUGAGCUUUUAGAGCCCAGCUAUAGUCAGAGCAGUCAGAGUGUUGUCAUUUUGAACCAUUUUCUCCUUCACUGCCUUGCAUUAAAUCGGCACUAGCUCUGGCUGCUUCUCUUUGCAUUUUUAGGAUCUGCAGGCUGUAAGUUUGAUUCUUUCUUUUGGGGGAUUAGAAACGUAGAUCUUUUUUAGGUGAAACCCCUAUUAAAGGAAUAGCUUGACACUUUGGAAAAUGUUUAUUUGCUUUCUUGGUGAGAGUUAAAUAAGAUCGAUACCACUCAUAUCUGUAGAAUGAAUACGAAGCUAUAUCCAGCAGCCACUUAGCUUGGAUUACCCUGCGAUUACCUUUAUGCUAAGCUAAUGGCUACAGUUUGUGUUUAAUUGACAGAAAUGAGAGUGGUAUUAGUGGUCUAAUCUAAUUCGGCAUGAAAGCGAAUAAUCAUAUUUCCCAAAAUAUUGAACUAUUCCUUUUACUGACAACAGAUCACCUGACUCUUACCCUCCUCAGUGAAUUAUACAGUCGGUUCUCCAUCAGAGCUGAAGUUCCCAAAAGCAGCUUGAUUUAACAGGAAUCUGACUUCAUGAAGAACCCUCCCCCUUUUAUAUUUUAGUGAACACACUAACAGCUGCAUCACAUCUGUCUGAGCUCUUUUGCAUUGAUUCCAUCCACAGUAUUUCUCACCUCAAGCGCCAGUCUCGUACUGUACAGUCUCUCUUUUUCUGUGUUCACAUAUUACAGACAGGGCAUGUAUGUUGGAUUAAAUAUUUAAAUAAACUUUGUAUACAUUUUAUAGCGAAUCAGUUGACAGUGGCUGUUUUUUUUUUUCCUCUCUUGAUCGACUAAACAGUCUGUGGUUUGUUAGAGAAUGAUAAGUUGCUGCUGUAGGGUUUACAUUAGUUUUCUCCCUUUCACAAGGAUGGACGUAAAUAGAAACACGUGUGAAUAUUUGGAUUCUGGUAGGAAAGUGUUUUGAUUCUGGCGAGUGGGUUGGAGACGAUGUCUGUCUGCCUUUUAAAGAUAUCUCUGGUAAUUUAUUUUUGAAUAAAAUGUUUACCUUAAGAAUAAAUCAUCAAUACAAUC